AUGUUCAAGUCCCGCGCGCGUCGGCGCAAACGUCCGCGCGCGGACUCCGUGACGCCUCGUCGUAGCAACAGGACGACAGAUGGACGCUUCAGAGCCACUCGCACACCGGAAAAGCUGCGCGCCGAGCCGAAGAUCGUGUGGAGAGACUCGCCGGUGGACAAGCAGAUGAAAGCGUCGGGGACGGACAAAAUCGCUAUUCGGAGGGAACUGCAGGACUUUGUCGAGCGUCUCGCGUGCAAAAGUGAGCACAUGUCGCCCUGUAGCAGUGACGUGGACAAGGAAUGCGGUCGUCAACGUGCCGGCGUGUGGACCGAGGAGACAGCUGUUUCGAGACCGUUCGAAGGCCAUGUGCCAAUGGGAAAAGACGCGUUGGGCUCGUCUCAUGGACCGACCCCACCUCAUUCUUGUGCUGGUCGACAGCGCACGACGGAGGAGCGCAAGUCGCAGGACGAGCUGUUGCGUAUCUUGGAUCAGAUGGAGCAGAAGUAUGCCAGUCCCGAGGUCGCAGGAGCAGUGCCAGGCCCGAGUGCGGCGUUCCUGGGCACGAAACAGUCUCUGUUCCCGAUGCAGCGUCCGUUGACCCCACCUGAAGUUACUGGUGGUGGCUCGACUGAGGAGAUAUACUUGACGGCAACUGCAGGAUCGAGCUAUUCUCUGGCAGCGGCGCAAUCGCUGCAGACGGUGGAAACGCCAAAGGUGGAUGAGAGGCAAGAUAGGGAUCGGAUCCGUGACGCUAGCGAGACUUUGAUGGCGAGUGAACCGCCGAACCCAAGAGGCGGUUGUGGCCAUGGUGGUAAACAGGAAGCCGUGAACGUGUCGGCGAAGUCGACGGUAGUCGAGGCAGACUUUUUUGACGAUUUGACCGAUGAAUCGUGGGCCUUGCUUGACCAGCUCCAAAGUCAGCGGGUACCGGUGAAGGGCACGUCACAGUCGAAGACAGAGUCUGUUGGAGCGCAAGACACUGCAUCGAAUGUGCAGCCCGUGCCACCAGCUGCACAUAGUGGGACGACAAGGUCUCAGUCAAUACUGCCGUCCAACGCUUCGGCUAUAGCGGUGCGAUCAAUGCAUGACACCGAGGCAGCUCAGGCUUUCCAGUCACUCGAGAGCUACAAGCGCUUUAUGGUCUUGGAAGUCGACCGCAAUGUUGCUGACCGCUCGCUCCUUUUGCGCCUGUUAGAUGACCAAGAUGUGCAGCUGGAGGCUCUGCUGAGUGACGACUGGUAUGAUGUGGUCGUUGACGCUGGCGACACUGUCAACAUUGUGCUUACUGAGCAGGACGGCAAUGCCUUUUUUUCGCAAGCUGGGCACGAAAGUCGGGUGAAUCGGCAACUGUUGCGCAUACAGGUGGACAAUGCGCACAAUGUCGUGGUUGUGCACCCGGAUAUUCUGGUGUCUCCAACGAGGGUGACGACAAGUUUUGGAUGCUUGCGACAAGCUGUCCUACAGGAGACGUUUGCUGUGAAGCAUGCGACAAACCAGAAGGCUUUUUUAGGUACACUCAAGCACGAUUUGUUCGAGCACGCACUUCUGCAUGACUUAUCCAGCGCUGAGGAGCUUGCGAGAGAAGCCAUACAGAUUGUUCGCUCGAACAUACUAGGUCUUGUGGAAUGCGGAUUGAACGAGGAAUUGGCCCUAUUGGAAUUGCAGAAAGUGAUCGGCGAGUAUCAGAAGUGGGUGAAUGAGGCAAUCGCUGGAGCUGGCACGCCGCUGAAUCUGACACCUCCGAAUAGUAGACUCAAGGCACGGGUGAGCCGCGUGUUGGCCACAGAAGAAAUGAUGUGGUCCAUCAAGUGGGGUCUAAAAGGUGCCACAGACGCCUCGGUUGAAGGAACUAUCGUCGGUCAGGGGCAUGCAAAGGAUGAGUGCGCGGAAACUAGAGUGCUGCCACUCGAGCUCAAAACUGGAAGCAAAAGGUACGAGCACCAGGGUCAAGUGAUACUGUACACGCUCUUGCUAAAUGAGCGCUACCGUCAGCAGAGUCAAGAGGCAUUGCUCAUCUACGUUCCGUCUAUCGAGACCAAUCGCAUUACGGCCGUGACAGCUCAUGUUCGGGGUCUCAUCAUGGCACGCAAUAGUUUCGCCAGCGCUAUUGCGAAAACGAAAGCAGUCGGGAGCUCCACAUCCGGUCAGAUACUUCCGCCAAUGAUUCGAAAUCGCAGGGACUGCGAGCGCUGUUUCCAGGUGGAUGAGUGCGUAUUGGUCCAUGCAGCAACGGAAAACGGCACAGAAGAAUCUAGUGGUCUCGAGGAGCUCUUCACCUUGAAAACGAACCAUCUUGUUGAUGCGGACCUCCUUUAUUUCCGGCAAUGGAAUCGACUCAUCAUGCUCGAGCAGCAGCAUGCGGAAAAACACCUUCGAGCGCUUUGGCUUCAGGUCGGGCUGAGAAGAGAACAGGCUCAGGAGAGCAGUACUUGCCUCGCACAUCUCAAACUAGUAUCUGAUACGCCGUCACAGUCAGGAUCGGGAACAAAGCGAACAUUGCGCUUUGUUCGUGACCGUCGGAAGAGGAAGGAUGUCGAAUCAGAAAGCGGAGGAAGUGCAGCCGAUUGGCAGCCGACUUCGUUUGCGGGCGUGCGUUUUCGGGCGGACGAACGUGUUAUUUUAUCAGCAGAAUCGCUGGACGGAAAGAGUUUGCUGGUGCACGUGUCUCGUGCCAGUGUGCGCAAGAUUGAACACGGACUCAUCACGAUCGAGACUCGUCAAUGCAUUCCGUCAAUUGUGAUGAGCGGUCUGUCUACCGUCGGGAAAGAGUACACGUGGCGCCUGGAUAAAGACGCAAUUAUGAGCGGCUUACAGCGCGCAAAAGAGAAUCUCGUGCGAUUAUUUAUUGGACCUCCGCCUGAGGUCAUUUCAGCUGGCACGGCACGAAGGAAUCGGCCUGAGUUACAGAUACGCACGACACCGACGCUUCCUGCGGGGCAUUGUGUCGUUGAUGCUCCGCCAGGUAUCGGAGAUGUGCGAAGACGCAACUUGAUCGUCCAUCUUACUCGCCCGCAGUUUACUGCACGUCGGUUGACCGAUCUUGUGACACAGCGGUGCCAGGAUCUUGCUAAUCGUGAUGGGAAAGCGGUAACGCUCAGUCAGACCUUGCUCGGUGCGUUUCGCGAGCUAAACGUCGACCAGCAGCGCGCUGUCCAGCGUGUGGUAAGCGGGCUCGACUACGCUUUGAUCCUGGGAAUGCCAGGAACAGGUAAAACUGCGACGAUCGCUUUUACCGUGCGGGUCCUACUAUAUCUCGGGUUUUCUGUCUUAGUCACGAGCUACACGCACUCUGCAGUGGACAAUUUACUGUUGAAAUUACUCGCGUGCAACGUUCCCAUGCUCCGCAUUGGCAACGCUGCUCAAGUGCAUCCCCGCAUUGCGGAGUUUACGCUUGAUCGACAAGUUGAGCGCGAACAGAUUUCGAGGGUCCAGACCAUGGAGGCUAAGUUAGUCAAUGCUCAGCUUGUGGGGUGCACUUGCUUGAGCGUGAACAGCCACGUGCUGUUUAAGAAACGCCGGUUCGACUUUUGCAUUGUUGACGAAGCCACGCAAAUUACGCAGCCCAUUGUCCUGAGCGCUCUGGGCUGCGCUGAUACUUUCGUGCUAGUAGGAGACCAUUACCAGCUGCCGCCGCUGGUAGCAAAUGCCCAGGCUCGUAAGGAAGGUAUGGAUGUGAGCUUGUUUCGGCGAUUAGCGGAAGCUCACCCCGAAGCGACUCAGCAGCUGUCUUACCAGUAUCGAAUGAACAGAGACAUCAUGUUACUGGCGAACCGAUUAGUGUACGGUGGCAAGCUGAAGUGUGGCUCAGUCGAGGUCGCAUCAAACCACCUUGACGUAAGAUGGCAAUGCCAAGAACCUGACACACACAAACUGCCGUGGCCCAUGCAAGUACUGAGCAAGAAGCAAGGCGUCGUUUUCAUGGACACAGACACGAUGGCAAGUGCGACGACGGAGAGCGCUAAGGUCGCGCAAAUGGGCACAAACAGCCGUCAUCGCAUGGAGAAUGUUGCUGAAGCACAGUUGAUUGCUGGUUUAGUCGAGCUCUUGGUGUUGGGCUCUGUGCCAGCCGAAGAGAUCGCAGUUAUCUCGCCUUUUCGCUCGCAGAUCGCGCUCAUACAGCAACACCUGACUACCAUUGCUGCACACCGUCGAGCUGGUGGAUCCGACUGGGUCCGCUCGAUUGAAGUGAGCACAAUCGACAAGUAUCAAGGCAAGGACAAGGACGUGAUUCUGGUUUCGUUCGUUCGAUGCAACGAAGAGAAUCAUGUCGGUGAGCUGCUUACAGACUGGCGCCGUAUCAAUGUGGCGCUUACGCGUGCUAAGCAAAAGUUGCUUCUGGUUGGAUCUGGAUCGACGCUCAGUGGUGGCAGUGCUUUCUUGUACGAGCUCUUGUGUGUUGUCCAGGAGCAACGAUGGGGGUACGAGCUGCCAGCUGACGCCAUUGAGUCCCUUCGUCGAUUUGCGGUGAGCGCAGCAGCCCCCACAGAGCCUGAUCCGGAGCAAGGGGCUACACGUAAACUGCGAGCACGUCAGCCGACUGGAGAUGUGAAAGUGUCGAUUCUUCAGCGCUCCGCAAGGAGCAGCAACGGAGACAUCGAGUCGCUCGUGCCGGACGUGUCGAUUCUGCCCUUGCGUCCUCAACCAAGAGCCCGAUUGCCACACUUGAUGCCACUUUCGCGCGACGUCUUCGGCGAACUGUGA